AUGGAAGAAGACAGUAUAGAAAAAAUGUCUAAUGGUCUAAGCCACCUCUUCAUGACAGUAUUUCUUCAUUAUUUCUCUGUAUUCAUGGUGAUUCCAACCAUAACUGAUAUCAUUAUGUCAGUCAUUUGUCCUGGAAAAGAUGAAUGCUCCAUAGCUAUAUCUCUCUCUGGAAUUCAACAUGCGAUAGUAGGUUUGGGAUCAUUAAUUAUAAUGCCUGUGUUAGGGAAUUUAUCAGACACUUAUGGCAGAAAAGUUAUGCUCAUGGUUCCUUUGAUCCUUUCCAUAUUUCCUCUAGUGAUAUUGGCAUACAGCAGGACAAAAUACGUUUUCUAUGCUUACUAUGUCCUAAGAACUUUGGUUUCUAUGGUUUGUGAAGGAAAUGAUCACUCCCUUGCUCUUGCCUAUGUGGCUGAUGUUGUUCCAGAGGGCCGCCGUGCCUCAGUCUUUGGAGUCCUAUCAGGCAUUGCCUCCUCUGCUUUUGUCUGUGGAAAUCUCACUACUCUCUUUCUCUCCAUGGCUUCCACUUUCCAAGUUGCUGCAACAGUGGCAAUAAUAGCUCUUGUAUACACAAGAAUGUUUCUCCCAGAGCCUUUGAUAAAAGAUCAAAUUUCUGCUAUAGGAACAGAGGCAGUUUGUCUUUUGGAAAAAGCUCCAAAGAAUAAAUUCCAAUUAUUCAAGGAAUUGCCUUCUUUCAAUGAUGUAUUAUGUCUGUUCAGGAAUAGCUCCACAAUCUUACAUGAAGCUAUUGUUUCUUUCUUUGUCAAUGUUGCAAAAGUUGGAUUUGAAUCUUCUCUUCUUGUAAAUUUCUCUACUUCCCAUUAA